AUGGCGCCGCCUCUUUUGCGCUCUGCCCCAGGGAAAAUAGGCCACUGGUGGAGUCAGCUUAGGUUUCGCCUCCAAAACAGGAAGGGCUGGGAUGAAAUGUUGGAUGAGACAUUCCUUCUUCAGUCUAAAAGAGUAAAUGACAUCCCCCUGUUUUAUGCAACUAAGGCGAACAAUGUGGGCUGCAUUAGGAAACUACUGGACUGCGCUACAACCAAUAUCUUUGAAAGAGGUGCACUAGGUGAGACUGCUCUGCACGUGGCUGUAAUUAAUGAUAAUUUAGAAGCAGCAGUGGCGUUAAUGGAUGGAGCACCAGAGCUUAUUAAUGAGCCCAUGACCAGUGAACUCUGUCAAGGUGUAACAGCACUUCAUAUUGCUGUUGUUAACCAGAAUGUCAAUCUGGUCCAGGAAUUAAUCCAGAGAGGGGCGGAUGUAACCACACCCCGAGCGACAGGCAUAUACUUCUGCAAAAGAAAAGAAGGCCUUCUGUACUAUGGUGAGCACAUCCUGGCCUUUGCUAGCAGUAUUGGUAAUGAAGAGAUCAUCUCCAUGUUAAUAAAGGCCGGAGCUAAUAUUCGCGCUCAGGACUCCUUUGGAAACACUAUUUUACACAUUUUGGUUCUACAGCCCAAUAAAAUAAUUGCCUGUCAGGUAAUGGACCUGCUGCUUACACUGGAUGCUGCACUGGAUCCCAGUGUGCCACUGGAAAUGGUGCCAAACUACAAAGGCCUUACACCUUUUAAACUCGCUGCCAAGAAGGGCAAUGUUGUGGCUUUUCAGCACAUGGUAAAUCGCAGACGCCUUGUCCAGUGGAGUCUGGGCUCCCUAAGCUCAUACCUGUAUGACCUUACGGAAAUUGAUUCCCGCACAGAUGACAUCUCAGUGCUUGAACUUAUCGUCUGUAGUCAGAAGAGACAGGCCAGAAAGAUCUUGGAGGUGACUCCAGUGCAACAAUUAAUCAGCCAGAAGUGGAAUAUUUAUGCAAAAUACUAUUUCAGGUUAUUGCUGCUGGUGUACCUGCUGUACAUCGGGACCUUCACUUUGUGUUGCAUGCAUCGUCCCCUAAAAGACAUUCCUGAGAACUACACAAAAGCAGAAAAUGACCGAACUAUGAAGAUACAGAAAACGCUUAAGGAGAGUUACGUGUCUUACAAAGACCACCUGAGACUGGGUGGAGAAAUCAUCAGUGUUAUAGGAGCCAUCAUCAUUCUCUUGCUGGAGAUACCGGAUAUCCUGAGAGUGGGAGCAAAGCGGUAUUUUGGCCAAACUGCACUUGGAGGCCCGUUCCAUGUAACCUUGAUCACCUACGCUGUGCUGGUGGUGUUUCUCUGCAUACUAAGAGUCACUGAGAUGCCGGGUGAGACUGGGCUAAUGGCUGUGUGUCUGGUGCUGGGUUGGUGCAAUGUCCUGUAUUUUGCUCGAGGUUUUGAGAUGCUUGGGCCCUACAUCAUUGUGAUCCAAAAGAUUAUUUUUGGUGACUUAAUCAAAUUCAUGUGGUUAAGUCUUAUUACGCUUCUUGGAUUCUCCACAGCUCAGUGGACAUACUACAUGACUCAGGAUCACUUGGCUGUACCUUCUUUGCGCUCAUAUCCAGUCGCGCUCUUCACUAUGUUUCAGCUGACUGUGGGUCUGAUUGACAUGCCUGUGGACCACACCAUCUAUACUUACCCCGUAGUGCACCUUGUCUACUGCUGCUUCAGUGUGGUGUCGCACCUCCUUCUGCUCAGCCUCCUCACCGCCAUGAUGAGUGACACGCAGUGGAGGGUCGCACAGGAGCGAGAUGAGCUUUGGAGAACCCAGGUUGUAGCCACCACUCUAAUGCUGGAGCAUCGUCUGCCUCGGUGCAUGUGGCCAAGAUUGGGAUUGUGCGGUUUGCACUAUGGCCUGGGAAACCACUGGUACCUCAGAGUGGAGGAACGCAACGACCAGUUCGUGCAGAAGAUCAGACGCUAUGCAAAUGUGUUCUCAAAAAAUUACGAGUCAGACAAGAAAGAUGGAUCUGAGGGGAGUGACAUGACCCCGGAUCUGUCAGACAUGAAAAACAUGGAUGAAGACAGGGCAAACAAUAACAGAAAGUCAGUGCUCUGCUGGCAGAUUAUACGCCACAGUCUACUUGGAUUAGAGAUAGAGAAAGGAGAGCAACUGGAUGCUCAGGAGAUGAAAUGUGUUUGA